ACACUACAGAAAAAAAAAACAAAAAAAACCACACAACAGCCAAUCCCCUGUGUGAUGUUGAUCACCCGGCCAAAACAAAACUAGCUUAGCUACCAUACAGUGUAUGGCAUACACCAAAAACAGCUCGUGUUAACUUUAAAGAAAACUUAAUCGAGAUAAAGAUGCUGUCUACUGGAGAUGUCCAAGGCUGGCUUCGUAAACUGGAAACUCUCUUGCGGAUGAUAAAGUAUCCAGGAUGUGUCGACUACAAAGGCCUUUCCAUAGGAGAUCCCUCAGCGUUCCUACCAAUAGUGAGUUUUACCCUCACCUCUUUCUCACCACCUUUUGCUGAGCAGCUAAUGGCAACUGGACUCGAGGUGACUGGCAAAACUGACCUCAGAUUCACUGACACUUUUUAUAAGGUACUACGUGAUAUUUUUCACUACAAGCCCAUAUUGACCAAGCAGCAGUUCCUCCAGUGGGGUUUCUCUCAAAGGAAAAUAUCUGUCACCUGUGACAUCAUUAACUUGGUCCUGGAGAAACACAAUCAACUGAACAAGCCCAGAGUCAGAUGUCCUGCCUCACACAAGGAUGGAAUAGGAGCAGCUCAUCCCAUGCUGACCAAAGCAGACACUGUGUCUGUUGGGCUAUCUGUGGUGAAUCACUCAGAUAAUCACUCCAGUUUUCCCAAAAACACCCCCCAUGCAGAUGCAUUCUCCCCUGAUUGUUCUGGAAAUGGGACUAUAGAGCUGGCAGAAGAAGAGAAGAACAAAGAUAACAUUCUUCAUUCAUCAGAGGUGGAAGGAAGGCUCUCAGUGCUGGAAGCCAAACUUGAGAGGCUCGAUGUCCUGGAAAAACGCCUGGAGGACCUUGAAAAACAGAGAAAUAUAGACAAGAAUGAAGGACAAGUCAUCACCAUAUCAAGAGAGAGCUGGGAAAAUCUGAUGAGCAGAGUUCUUUUACUGGAAACUAAACUGGAACUGAAAAAUAUAGAGUUAAACACCUCAACGCCACUUCUGUCAUCUGCGUUGUCCUCUUCUUACAGCUCCAUGUCUGAUGCUUCAAAGGAUGACCUCAAAGACAGGCUUGAGAGCUUGACUAACAUGCUGAAAAGCAUCUCCAGUCUGCUGAAGAACACUGAAUCCUCCAGAACACACUGCAAAUAAAUUAUGAUUAAAAAAUCACUAUCACAAUUUUGACGCAGAUUUAUGUCUUCAGGAAUAGUACUUGGUUAUAUAUAUAUAAGCUUGCUUUCUUUUGUAAAAUUAGUACUUGUACUUUUGACAAACCAAGACACCCCUUUAGGUGCUUUUAUAUUAUGUUGAAGAAUUGUUAUCAUGAAACUGAAAGUCUAGGGAUAAGGACCUGAUGAGAGUAAAUGAAUUACACAGUAUUAAUCCUCCAAAAUUAAAUGCUUUAUUCUUAAAACUAUA